AUGAUCGAUGGGGAGAUUGUUUCAGUCGAAGAUAUUCAAAGAAAGCAACCUGGUUGCAUAAGCGAAGGGAUUCCCAUUGGCGAAGACCAUGGGCUUCCCCUGUCUGAAGCAGCGAAUGAUGAAACAGAAACGCCGCUAGGGACACAGCCUGCCCUGGACAGCCAAACAUUGCAGCAGCAGCAGCCACUAUUACUUUGCUAUUCGGCAAAGCCGUCAAAGAACCGAUCAGUGGUGCAGCCGAAGGCCGAGGGCCCCGCAUUCGGGCCUCUUCCCAAAAGCAAGCCACCUCCAGCUGUACCAGAGUUGGCGGCUCUGAAUCUCGGUGUUGUGGGAGUGGUCGCUCCGGGUAUCUCGCCCAGUAGUGGCGCCGGAUCCUUGUUGUCUCGCCGUGACCCUCCGUCUGACACUUCAGGUGUGGUGCAAGCUAUGCAGCUCUUUCAGGAGCUACGCAUUCCAGAGGGUCAUGUAUCACUAGAGGGAAUCUGCGGCCACAUGACCCAAGCUGUAGGAACAUUGGGCAGAAAAUGUAGUAAGAAAACCUAA